AUGCUGGCCUAUGACAAUACCAUCUUGUAUAUUAAGACAGUCGACAGCGCACCAAGAACUCAGUGUAUGCCAUCUCAACAACGAUACUUCUUUCAACCUCAAGCAUAUCACUCUUCUUCAAAGAACCUCGACGAAACCUCUGGUAAAGCUAGCCCUACCAUGAUGGCGCAAGGCAACGAAAGCGAGACCUAUCUCAAUCUUGGCUGGACAGGCCCUCACAUCACAUUCGGCUCUGGCUACGAUGUUGCUCAUCGCAAAUUACGAAGUUCUGCAUUUAAUAAUUUCCCGCAUGCCACAACGGAGCCCAGCCACAUUGGUAUCAAAACUCAAACGCAUCUCAUCACCACGGCCGAAGAGCUCAAGUCUCGCAUCAAGGCGGAUGUCAAGGCAACGAUCCCCCUGGAGGGAGUAUCAGUCGAGACUGAGAACUCGUGUCUUCGAAAUGUCCAGACGUCUUCCACCUCCCUUGUCCAGGUCAUUACGGCCACAGUCGAGGAUCCUCCCGCUCUAGUAGACACUUCCAACUUGAAGCUCAGCGCCGCCGCACUGUCCGUCUUGCAAAGUCCCGACGGGAUCAACAAGUUUCAAGAACGCUACGGCGAUUAUUUUGUCUACGGCGCAUUGUCGCGCGCCCGAUUCAACGCCGUCUGCACCAUCCGGACUUCAAGCGCUAGUAUCCGAAACCAGAUCAAGACCAAGCUCGAGGCGACCCUCACCGAGGCCGGCAGCCUCUCCGCCGUCUUUGAAUCUCUCAGCAAGUCCUCCAGCGAAUGGGCAUCGACCGAUAUCGAUAUUGCCAUGAGCGGAGUCAAGGGCCAGCCUGCCUGUGACAAGGGCUAUAAUUAUAGGGCUUAG